AUUCUUAAUGUUAAUAGGGAAAAAAAAUCAUCUCUAUCCUAUCUCACUUCCUCUCACUUCAUUCCUUCCUAAAUCAUCCCAUCCAAACAAAUCAAAUCAUAGGUGGCGUUUCAAUGCGUGAAACCAAACUAGCAGGAUGAUAGUGCCUCCAUUAAACACGAAAGUCGCAAAGAGACAGUGAUCUUCUCGUUCUUGUCUGAAGAAGUCGAUCAUCUCCCACCGAAGAAACAGAGCAGAACUGAACUAGCAUUGACCAAAAAGAAAAAUGUGCGCUUUGAGAGCGUUGACUAGGUCCGUAUGCAACAGCAGCUCCUAUGUUAAAACUUCCAAACCCUAUCUCAUUCUCAAUCUCAUCACCCAUCAGCACCAGACCCGUAGAAAUCUUAUUCUUGAGUCUUCCGCUUCUGAAUUCGUCAAGCUUCACAAACUCACUGGCCCUGAUUCCGGGAUUGUCGAAAUUAGCUUGGACAGGCCUCAAGCCAAAAAUGCUAUAGGGAAAGAGAUGCUGCGAGGCCUGAGUCAUGCGUUUGAGUUGAUUAAUCAGAAAUCUUACGCUAAUGUUGCUAUGAUCAGUAGUUCAGUUCCUGGGGUAUUUUGUGCUGGGGCUGAUUUAAAGGAGCGCAGGACCAUGAGUCAGUCAGAAACUAAGAUUUUUGUGAAUUAUCUUCGCUCCACAUUCUCAUCUCUAGAGGCUGUCAAUGUACCAACUAUUGCUGUUAUUGAAGGAGUAGCUCUUGGUGGUGGACUUGAAAUGGCUCUUGCAUGUGAUAUUCGAAUAUGUGGAGAAAAUGCUCUGAUGGGUUUGCCAGAGACAGGACUUGCAAUUAUCCCUGGGGCAGGUGGAACACAGCGACUGCCAAGAUUGGUUGGAAAAGCAAUAGCAAAAGAUAUUAUAUUCACUGGUCGAAAGAUUGAUGGCAAAGAGGCACUGUCCUUGGGUCUAGUCAAUUAUUGUGUUCCUGCUGGUGAAGCUUAUUCAAAAGCACUUGCAAUUGCUCAGGAUAUCAAUCAGAAGGGUCCUGUAGCUUUAAGGAUGGCUAAAAGAGCUAUUAAUGAGGGAGUUGAGACUGAUCUAAGAUCAGCUUUGGAGUUGGAAGAAGAUUGCUAUGAUCAGGUCUUGAAUUCUAAAGAUCGAUUAGAAGGUUUGGCUGCAUUUGCUGAGAAGCGGAAACCAAGGUAUGUUGGUGAGUGAAAGGAGUGGUCUUUCGCUGAUUGGGUCUAGAGAGGUUCAUCUAUCAUGUAGAUUAGAGUCAUCUAGAGCCUGGAGUCAAGUUCCUAGAUGAGAAAAUCUCAUAACUAUUUGCUGGGGACAAUCUCUUCCCCUUUUGAGUAAAGUCAUCUUCCUGAAGCUGAAAAGUGUCUCUAAUAUCAAGCACCUUGAGAUGGCUUUGAGCUUUUUCUUCAUCAUUUAUAUUAUUGUUUUAAAGAUUCAAAAUUUUCUUUUCGAUGUUUUCUGGCAAUAAAUUAAUCUGUUUGGGAACUUGGAGUGUAAACUUGUGGUGAUUCAAUGUAAAGAAUAAAGUCCAUUUGGAUAAUCAAUUAACCCUUAAGAACCUGUA